AUAGGACGGGGUGUGUCCUCGCUGUACAUAUAAAAGACAGUGAGGUUCAUUAUCAAAACCACCUGUACCUUGUUGUCUAGUUGUUCUUAUCUCUGUGGUGCCUUCAGGUUCCACCAGAACGUCCUGGAGAAACAGACCCUGUUGAACAGUCAAAGGUUUCAGUGUUUUUCUGUCCAUCAUGUUUAAGUACCAGCUGCAGGUGACCACGGGCCAACAGUCGUUCGGAGGAACCUACGAUUACGUUUUUCUCACUUUAAUUGGAAAGGAGGGAGAGAGUGAGCGGACGGAGCUGAAAACCUGCUUCGGCUUCAGAGCUGGGACCACAGAAGAUUUCACCGUUAAAACGACUUCAUCUCUGGGCGAACUUCUGCUCAUCAGAGUGGAGAAGGAUCCGUUCCUGGUUUUCCCAGAAGACGAGUGGUACUGUUCCACUAUAGUGGUGAGGACGGAGGGGGGAGAGGUCCUCGUCUUCCCCUGUUACAGGUGGAUCUGCAGGGGGGACAAGGUGGAACUGAGAGGAGGAAGAGGUCGGUCAAAUUCUCUGUACUUUUUAAAUCACAUACUUUCAUGAAUGAUGUGUAUCCUGGGGUGUGUACUCUAGUAUCUGGUUGCAGUUUUUGUGUGGACCUGGGACAGAGACACAAAGGAGUCCACAAAAAAAA